ACAGAAUAACAACACUACAACAGCAACAGUAUUUGGCGGCUGUCGCAGAUGUAAACAUGCAUACACGUUAGCUAGGUAUCGAACCUGUUUCUCAAAAUGGAGACAACAGAGCGGUACAGUGGCCCUGCGCCCUCUGAUCAUCUGCUUAAAUACGACCACCCAACUGUUGUCACCAAACGUUCUGCGGCUUCCUCAAGUAAAAAAGGGGAGAAGAAGGAUGGUCCUAGAAACAGUAUUAUCGAAAGCGAAGAUUACAAUAUCGUUUUAUCGGUACCCCCGCGACCGGAAAAAAAACCGCCUAAAAACCUUAAUAUUUUGGAUAUUCGCUCGGCGGAUGAUAUUCUCGAUUAUAUUUUGCCACCCAGACUUUGGACUGAGAAAGGCCAGCAAUAUGUGCAAAAAGUUUCUCGUAUACCUGCUACCAGAAUGGACGUUCUAAAUUUGCAAGAGCGACUAGAUAACAGACUCGAGCAUUUAAGUGCACGGGAAACUGGAAUUUGUCCGGUCCGAAGAGAACUGUACACGCAGGCAUUCGAUGAGCUGAUUCGGCAAGCCACAUUAGAGUGUGCAGAGCGUGGACUGAUGCUUUUACGAGUUCGCGAUGAGAUUCGUAUGUCGAUCGCAGCGUAUCAAACGCUUUUCGAAAGCAGCAUGGCUUACGGUAUGCGCAAAGUGCUCUUGUCAGAACAAGGUAAAAACGAAUGCACAGCAAAGAUCACGGAUUAUAAUUCUCGCAACGUCAGUUUACAGCGGCAAGCAGAUGAAUGGAAAGAAAAGUUCGAUACGCUGGAGAAACGAAAUGAAGAAGUAAGGGCUUUGGACAGUCAAAGGAAGCUGGAAGAGCUGGAAGCAGUCAUUCGAACCAACGAUCAGUUAGCGGCGGUUCUAAACAACAUCAUCAUUCAGCGCAGUUUGGUUCUCAACACUGGAAGCGCAACGGAUGAUCUUGCAGCAAUGGAGGAAGUGCGGACAGACCAAAAGAAAAAAGAUGAAACAGCGGACGAUCCCCAUACGGAUAAAGGGAAAAGGAGUCCGUAACAAUUAUGUUCCUUCGAACGACGUGAUAGCGCAUGCGGUCCCCAUGGAGCACAUAGUAAAAGGGUAGUUAGUGUCGUUUGACGAAGUCAGUUACCUAGAUUACUCGUACUGUAUAUGCGUGGGUUUCAGGAUGUUUAUGUGAAGAUAUGUGUGUUUGUCCGAAUUUAUACAGGAUUGUUUUGCUCUGUAAGCUGGCCGCAUAAACACACGGGAAAGUUUUAUGCCAAAUUAAAUAAGUAUUUAAAU